AUGGCAGGCGAUCCAAUGGAGUGCGCAUCACCAAAUGUGCCCGAAGAUGACAUCCCACAUUGCGACACUGCAUCCUCGCAGGAAGGUCAGAGCUUCACUUCCACUGAUACAGUCGAAUUGUCAAAUCGCCCAGCUCUCCCGUACUACACCUUGCCUCAUCAAGCUAUACCUCAAAUCAUGUCGGGCUACGUCAGCAUGGAGCAGUACGAACGCGCGAUGAAACACAGCGUAAAGCUGGCACAAGAACUCAUGAGGGCUCGAGAACAGGCAAAGAAAGCAAGAGAGGAAACCGAGCAGGCCAAGCUUGCGUUUUGCAUGCUUGCGGACUGGACUUAUCACGAGCGGCAGAUGCUUCUGGACAAGUUGGCUAGCACGAGAUUGGACACCGAGGAGCACAUCAAGGCGGGACAUCAGGAAAUCGGAGAUGUGCUCGUGGAUGAUUUCAAAGUGACUGAUACCGUCAUUGCGGAGAACAGCGGCGGCGGAGAAGAAUAUGAACCGUCCGAGUUCAUCAGAGGCUCGUCACUCGACGACGCAAUCGAUCAGUUGAUUGCAGAGGAGAAAGCCAAGCUAACGUAUGCCAGUCUCUAA